AGGAAGCAUCUCUAUGUAGACUGUAGACGCUGGUAGAAAAAUAAACAUUCCGCUGGGAGAUUUUUGGAGCCGUUUGAAGAAAGUCCGAUGUUUGGGAGCAAUUAAAGAAUGGUUAAUAAUAUUCGAAGAAUUGUCAGUGAAUGACAUCGAGCAUUGUUAACAAGGGUGAAUGUACAUGGUCGUAUGGAGCAAAGCUUCAACGAAUGCAUAGAUCAAUUGCGUAAAAGAAGCAGACUUCUGCUGGCUCGGGUAGAACAGGACUCAAAGAGGGUUAAAGAAGAAUAUAAAAAAUUGUACUCACAGGCAUUAGCAUCAAGAGAAGAUCAUUGCACAGGCAACAGAAGGUCCUCGUGUGUCAAACAAAAUAUCAAAUCGUGGCAACUGAGAAAUGAUUCAAGCGGCGUUGGUGGAGCUUUGUGUCUAGACUAUAGCACAGACAGCUCUGAUCAAUCAUCUGCAUCGAUGCCUAAUUUAGCAGUAACUAGAAGAGUAGUGAUAUCAUCGAAGAAACAUUCCGAGUCGCAACAUUGCCUGAAAAAUGUGCACAGAAAGCCUGUGAGAGAAUGUUACUGCAAUCAUGAGGUGAAGAAGAUCCAGCCGAGGUCCACGAGGACUCAGCGGAAACCAGACCCAGGCUGCAAAUAUUGUAAAAGCCAUAUAGAAUUCAAGCCAGCAAUUGUCAGAGACAGCCCGAGAAGAUCGCUCGCGAGUCCUCCGAUCAGUUGCGAGACCUUGAGAAGGGUGCAGAGGAUAGACUAUGCUCCUAAGUCGCAGUUUCUGCGCAAUGUGCAGAGCAAGGUCUGCCUGCUACAAUCGGGAGACGGUCCUGGGACGUGUACCAGGUCGUCCUGUCACCGCAGAGACCAGCCUGAAGCUAAGAAAUCACAAAUUGAGACAACCUUGGCAAGGUCGAUAGACACCAGCGGCGAAGAACAAAAGACCCCGAAGCAGUCGAGGGAACAUAUAACCAAAAAGACGUUAACUUCUAAGAAGCCUGUACCUGACUCGAGUAAAACGAAAUCUAGUCCAAAAGAUUCAGCGAGGUGCAAAUCGUUGGCCCAGUCGCUUGGCAAGGUGUGUCACUGUUGCCACAACUGCCAAGCGCAUCAGCGAGACAAGAGUAUUAGGAGCAAAAACGAUAUUGACUCCGAAGAUUAUCAGCACACCGUAUGCGUCAGCAAUUUGGAUCAGGUUGGAAGCAAUGAAAAGAACAUCUCGGACAACGAACUAAGGGAGCUGAGGAAAUUCCGCGAACAGAACUACUUCGACACACACGGCUCCAGCCACACGCUGCAUUCGUCAAAAUCCUCGGGCUCCUUGGAACAGUACCUGCUGAACGAUCGGCUGUUUCCCGAACCAUGCAAGACUAUCCACAAGAAGGACCUAGUCGUGACAAUGCCGGCCUGCGCGACGCUACAGAGGAAACGAAUCCAUUAUUUUCCACGCUACAUCGUCCGCCAGGACAAGACCAACGGCAACAAGAAGAAGCGCUGCCAGUCUUGUCCUUUGACUGGCCACGCCAUCGACCUUGGCGUCACGAGGAUGAGACCGCCGUUGAACAGCCUGGCUUUGAAGUACCAAAAACGACUGCCUUGAUGAAGCAUGAUUAAUCAAAUAAUUACGGACUUCACACGCACACAUUUAUAGCACUUUAAAUCCUGGAUAAUGAUUGAAAUAAAAUCGUGUAUAGACGAAUCAAUGAA